AUGGCGGUAAUACAAGAUGUUGAGUACGAGUUUGGUAGGUCGAAUGAUAGUAAAAUGAACUUGGUUUCUGUGGGUCUUACAAAGACGUUCUAUUCACAAUAUGAGGCUUUCCUCACGAUCGAUAGACAGUCGAUCGAUCGGUCUUGGGUCCUCCACGCGCGCCGUCGAUCGCUCCUCAACGGAUGGAUCCAUCGAUUAGGGUUAAUCGCGACGACACGGCUGCUCGAUUCGUCGAUUCGGGGGCUGGAACUGAAGAGCAGCUUGGUGGAAGCAAAGGUAGGCGACGUCUUAGGGUCGAUUGCGAGCACUCCGCGGCGAGCGGCGAGCGAUGGUGAUGGAGGCGUUGAGUGCCUUGCGCGCGACUCUCGUCCGGCUAAGGUUGGGUCCGCCGGGAAGCACUCGAGCAACUCCGAGGCUGCGGGGCAAUCAUCGCGGAGGUCUGUUCCUUCGCCGACCGAACGACUGACUCCGUUCCGUUUCAACUGUGAUGGAACGAUUGAAGAACUUCCAGAUCUGGCUCCGUCAUUCGAUCGGUCGCGGGGAAUAGAGGGGCAGGAUUGGGACGACGUUGCCCCUACUCAUUCUACUCUGGAAGGGGUUUCCUUGUUGAUGGAAGCGAGCCGAGCGUCUGGCGUCACUUUCAUGAUCCCGAGAUCAGACCAGCGUCCAUGGAGUCCGCCGGUCGGAUACUGCUGCGUUUACGAGUCAUUUUUCGGGGAGGAUUCGAGGUUGUGGUUUCCAAUUCCUCGAUUGAUCACUUCUUUUUGCUUUCGGCGAGGGAUCGCCAUCAGUCAGCUCAUGAACGGGGCGGUCAGGAUCGCUGUUGCGCUAAUGGUGAUGGCGGCAGAGAUUGACGUGUCGUUGACCGUUCGCAUCUUCGAGGAACUAACACAAGUUCAGCCAAAGCCAAACGGGCUUUACUCAGUGCAGAUGAGGUCGGGUUUGAACGUCUUUACCAGUCCCCUUAUCAAGAUUAAGAGAUGGCAACGUUCUUACUUUUAUGUCAAAGCGGACGACGCUAGAUUCGUUGAUCCGCUAGAUGUCGAUCGCCGGUGGGUAAUCCAAACACCUUUGGUCCUUGGGACGCUUUUCGGAGGGAUUUACCGAAGAUCGUCGUGCUCCGAUCCCAAGAGUGGAAGGACUUUGACCGCAAAAGAAUUCGUCGUCAACGAAGGCGCGUUGCUAAUGGUUCUCGAUUGGGCGGCAAACGUUCCUUGCGAGGAACCGAAGGGAAAGAAAAGACUAAAACUUCCGAUCAUGGGGACGCCUUCUAGAGUGUAUCCAGACUACAGUGAAAUCUUGGCUGCUGAUAUUACGUCUGCUCAACUGAGGGACGCAAACUGUGGCCCUUCGGCGAACACGGACGGGACGGGUAGCGCAGUUGCGGACACAUCGAUCGAUCAGGCGCCGGCGCCGGUGAUCGCUACAGUUGAUUCUGGCGUUGAAGGAUCCGUUGACAUUCGUCCGCCGAAGAAGAAGAGAAAGAGGACUAAGUCUUCCAAAGAGGUGACGGCCGAUCCUCCCUUGGAUGGAGAUGAAAGGGAGGCUGCUCAAACGCAACUCGAACCAAUGGGUGGUGACGAGGUGGAGGAAGGUGAUGAAGUUGCUCCCAUAGAGGAUUCUACGGACAAAUUUGCUGAAUCACUUCGUGCGGAUGCGGAGCUAGGCAUUUGUCUGAGGGAUUGUGCUGCUGCCCGGAAGAAUGCUCUCGUGAUGGAGUACGAAAAAGCUUUGCAGAGGAUGACGUUGGACCUUAAGGAAGCUGAAGAGACGAUUAAGAUAAAAGAGACUGGGCUUGAAGCGGCUAGAAAGGAGAAGCACGAUAGGGGUAAGGAGUUGGCCGCUGAGCGAGGUCGCUAUUCCCGCGAGCGUCGGCAAGCGAUCCAGACGGCCGCGGAUCUUGAGGAGGAGUUAGAGACCGCCCGGAGCACAAUUUCUCGGAUAGAGGCGGAGAAGGUCGAGGAGCUUGAGAGGACGAAGAGAGCGAUGGAUCGCAUGAGACAAUCUCGCAAUCGCGAGCUUUUAUCCGAGAGAAGUUGCGUUGUUGCUGCGGCUAAUAGGCGUUUCGACAAAUUUCGGAAGUAUAUUACCGAUCGAGAUGAAAAGGAGGAGAAGCGUCUACUCCACGGUACGGCUCUUGGAACCUUGGACGCGUUGAGUUUAUUGGAGAAAAAGGGGCUGUCCGUCCCACAACAACUGAAGGAUCUCUUGACUGCUAACGAGGCGAAGUUCAAGAAAGAGGUAGAAGACGUUAGUGUUGAAGUUAUCACGGAGCACGAUCUUGCUCUCUCACCUCCUCGUAGGGACUUGCUUCCUUGUGGGAACCAAUUUGGAUCAACCUUCGGCACCGUUGAUUCUGGUUCUGCGACGGUCCUUCGAUCUCCUGUCCUUUGUCGCGAGAGUUCGACCGCUGCUUUGGACCCGGCCGUUGCCUGUCGAUCGGCGGCUGUCACGUCCGAUGAUCGUGCGGUUACUCAGGACAGUCUUGGGGUUCCUAUACCUGCGGGGCUCGCAGAAGCAGGGAGUGUUGUUUCGUCGGAAGUAGCCAUUGAAGAAUAG